CGGCAAACAUACAUUACGAAACUGUGAUGGACGAUCAAGAUGAAAUCAUACUGAUAUUUCAUUUUUAAUCCUUAUUUAUUUUUAGAUUCUUAGCUUGAAAGUAUUUGCGAUCCACCACUAAUAGAUAUGUAAACCUGCUUAGCAAAAUCUUGUUUUCUUUUCACAACCAUUUAAUUAGAUGUCUUCCAGGCGCGGUAUUUAAGAACUUUUCUGGUAUGCGGUACCUCAAGAGCUUGGAGGGGGUCGUGAGAUGUAGGACUAUUCCGUUUAGUUGUGAGAAAAGUGAUAUCGUGAGUGUCGUGCCUUACAAGAAAAAUGCUCUCCCACUGGCGCCUACUGUUAAGUCUUCUCACAGUCUACUACAGUCACUUCCGUGCUCUCCGUUUACUUCGUGCACUUGCAGCUUAUCUGCCCCAAUGCAGAUCCGAUUCGCCCACACUGACGUUGUGAAUGUUCCUGAUUUCACGAAGUACCGCACCGAUUAUACAAAAGACCCUCAUGCACGGGCCGCUGACAGUGAUAUGCAGCGCAAGAUAUUCACUUAUACGACAAUGUUUGCGACUGCAGUCAUUGCCACUACAUCAGCCAAGCAUACUGUAAAAAUGCUCGUUAAACCUUUGGGACCUUCAUCCAAAACGUUGGCUGAGGCUUCGAUCGAGGUCAAUUUGGCUGAUAUCCCAGAGGGGAAAAAUGUUACACUCAAGUGGCGAAAUAAGCCUCUUUUCAUUCGCCAUAGAUCGACAGAAGAAAUCGAACGUGAACGUUUAGUUCCUUUGGCUGAAUUACGACAUCCAGAGAAAGAUGAGGAUCGUGUAAAAGAAGAUAAAUGGCUCAUUUGUUUAGGUAUUUGCACUCACUUGGGUUGUAUUCCAAUAGCACACGCAGGCGAUUUCCCUGGAGGUUAUUACUGUCCUUGCCACGGUAGUCAUUAUGAUGCAUCUGGUCGAAUCAGGAAAGGCCCUGCUCCACUUAAUUUGGAAGUACCUGAAUACAAGUUUGUGGAUACAAAUACCGUUAUUGUGGGAUAAACUGCUCUCCCAGUCUCCUCGUUUGGAAUAUUCAUUGUAGCGAUAUCUUCCUUUUUCAUAACAGAGAACGCUUCUAAUUUUUAUGGAGUGUAUUUUUGAGAGGUACUGAUUUAUCUUUUCGUUUCGUUGUUAGAAGUUUCAUUUUCAAAUAGUAGUAUAUUUGUACGCCUGAUAUGGUUAUUUUAACAAAUUAUUUCCGAGUAUAAAUAGAAUCGUCUAUGUACUUAA